UACUCUGUACUCUAACGAACUUAUGUACAAUGAAAAAUGUACACCCGAUUCACAUGACACAAGUCAUUAAAAUGGUCACCGAUUUAUGUAUUUUAACUAGGUGAAAAAUAAUGGGCGACAAAACUCAGAACUAGGAAAUACGAAUGAAUAAUAAUUGUUUCUCUUAUCAUCGUCACCUAUCUUCAAUCUACUCGAGAAUUUCUUCAAAGGAAACAAUAAUCAUUUGUCAAAUGGCCUCGGCGGACGAAACAGCUGUAUUUAAUAAUGAUAAUUUUUAAUUUAACAGUAUUUUGCAAUUUGUCAAAUUGAAUAGGUAUGAUAGGACAAAAUGAUAAAAUCUGUGAUAAAAUUAUGUCAACAGCAAUCAACGCUAUGUUAUUGUGUAAACUCACUAAACUGUUAAGUAUAAACCGUAAUGUAUUUUGCUUAAACAUUUGACGAAAUAAAAUUAUUAUUACAUAAAAAAAUACAAGCAAAUAGCAAUGUAAUAAAUAUAUAUAUAUUUAUAUAUGUAGACAGAGUAAAUUAAAAUGUAUAAACAUUUGUAUUAUUUACAAUUCACAUUAGAUUUAACUGGUUUACAUAAUAACUGAAUAAAUAAUUGUUAAAAAUGGAACAAUGUCAAGUUGAUCAUGCGGAUGAACAUAAAUUACCAGAUGUACACUCGGAAAUACAUACAAAACAUGAGUAAAACAUAAAAUAUACCUGAAAAUUAAAUCAAGUCUUUUCAAAGUGUGUACAAUUGUUGGCCUGAUAAAAGGUCAAUAAAACAAAUAAAUAUAAAAAAGAAUAAUUCUGAUUCCGAUCAGCGGUCGUCAAAACGCAAAAAUGACAUGAUUAGUUCAAGCAAUAUGAAGAAGAAGAAAAAAUAUGAAACUGCAUUAGCUGCUAUCUUUCCUGAAAAUGAUCAAUCUUAUUCUCAAUACUCGCAAGAUUAUGCUGAUGGAUUUAUGAAAAAAAUGCGAGAACGUCUAGAUGAAGAAUCGUUUAAUCAAGCUGUUAAACUGUUGGCGGCUUUUAAUGAUGCUGAUAGUAGCAAUAUAAAUUUGUUGUAUCAACAAUUAAUAAAAAUAUUCACUUCUAAAAACGAAGACUUGUCCUAUGAGUUUUUGGGGUUUCUUCUCCCAGGCCAAGCUUUAGCGGUUGGAAAAAUUUCAGAAUAUUUAGAAUUGACAAGAAUUAAAGAGUUUAUUAGGAAAUUACAGGUUUGUAUGAAAAAACAGCCCACACAAGUUCGUAAAAUAAUGGACAAUUUGUAUCAUUUGUCACAAACCAAAAACGUAACACCUUCAGAAGUGCAUCUAAUUAUGCUUCCUUUGCUAAAAAGCAAUCCAAUUUUGGUAGAUUGUUUUUUCCAACUUUUUCCAUCGGAACAUCCUCCUGAAAGCUUUUUUUCUGACGACAACUGGGAAGAUUUGGAUAUUGACAAGAGUAUCAAUAGCGGUAUAGACUGUGAAGAUAUAAAUCCAUUGGAUUCAGAAGAUACUACAUGUUUCAAUGUUUGCCACUGUGGAUGUCAUAAGAAUGGUGUUAACUCUCAUUGCAAAUCAUGUGGUCUUAAGUUUUUUAAAGGACGCAUAUACUUUGACACACCUGAAGGAUUAAAACUCGCCAAAAUAAAGUUUGAAGGGGCUGAUCAAAAUGUUGUACAAUCUAAAUUUGACAAGACCGAAGAAAGUGUUACCGUAAAACAAAAAAGUAGAAAAGCUCUGACAAAAAACCAUUCUCCGGGCUCCGCAGAGGAUAUCAAGGGCAGCACAGGAACAGAGUCUGAAGAAGAUCUUAUCGAUGUGAAACCAAAAAAACGUCAAAAAUCUAAAGUUGUUCAAUCUCUAAAACUAAAAUUUAAAAAAGAAGAAAGUCCCAAGUGUAAAGAUGAACAAGAAAUGUGUGUCGAAAGUGGAAAAUCUAUUGUGCAUGUAAAUAACGAACAGUUGAAUAGCAGCGAAAUGGUAUUUUUUUGUAUACCAAAUUUUGAUUCUAAAGUAGCAAUCACACCAAUGACAAUAAUAAAACCCGAUAUAAAAGAAAACGGACUAAUGGAUGAAAGCGAAGUUAAUAAAAUUACUAGAAUUAACUUUGACAUACCUGUGGUAAACUCAAAUUUUUUUGAAAAGGAAGUUAAAACUGAAACUACUACUAACAUAAAUAAUUUCUUAGAGAUUAACAGAAAUUUAAGUAGUGAUGAAAUCAAACAAGAAGAUUGUGAUAAUAACAAGCACUGUCAAGAAGACAAAAAAAAUUUAUUUUCUGAUGACAAAGAAGCGUUGAAACAAUCGACAGACACUACAAACAACAAUGCUGAAAAAUGUGAUGUUCCUUCCAAAUUGGAAACGCCAGGUAACGAAAAAAUUACUUAUGAAUCAAUCAAGUGUAAGAGUGAAUAUGAACCAAAAAAUUUGGUUUUAAAUGUUGUCGAUUUAAGUAAAAGAGAUGAUAAACCUACUAUAAUUCAACCAAAGAUUGAAUAUAGUACAACAGAGAUUAAAAGUUCCAACAACAAUACCACAAUGAGGAGCCAGGAUAAUAAUAUACAGGAAUUACCAAAUAUUAAUUUGGAUAUUGUAAAACAUAAAAAAGAUUUACUUGAAGAGCAAGCAAAAAACAAAUGGACAAUAGAUGAAGACAAAAUUAUUUUACAAACAUGCAAGCGUGUUGAAGAUAUUGAAGUAUUAUUAGAAACAAUUAAAAGGCGAAUACCGCAAAGAUCAGUUUCUGAGAUUCAAGCAAGGUAUACUACGUUAAUGACUUUACUAAAACUUACUAGAACAAUUGAUGUUAAACAAACAUAAUUAAAAAAUAAAUUGUUUAUUGACUGUUAAACUAAAAAAAACAACUACUACAUUUUGUAAAUAUAUGAAA